GUGGGCACAGGUGGGUGGCACUGGUGGGCACAGGUGGGUGGCACUGGUGGGCACAGGUGGGUGCACUGCUGGGCACAGGUGGGGGCACUGCUGGGAACGGGUGGGUGCACUGCUGGGCACAGGUGGGGGCACUGCUGGGAACGGGUGGGGGCACUGCUAGGAACGGGUGGGCGCACUGCUGGGCGGAACUUGCGGGUGUCACUGCUGGGCACCGAUCAUCAGGGCACUGAUCAUCAGUGCCCUGAUGAUCGGUGCCGAUCCCCGCUCUGACAACUGCCGGUUCUCGGCAGUACUUUCCUCACGAUCUGACAGCGUGAGGAAAGUGCAGCCGAGAACCGGCACUUGCCU